AUGAAUAAUUUAUAUAAACACGCUUUAAAACAAGAAAAAACAUUACAAGAAGAUAUAACAAAAUUCGAGAAAGAAGAAGAUAUUUCGGUUGGUAUACAAGGUCAAAUUUCAGUAGGUUUAACAUCAUUGAAAAGAACUAUCGAUGAUUACGAAGGUUUGGCUAAACGUGAAAUGAUAUUGGUUAAACAAGAAAAAGCUUUCUCUAAUGUAAGUAAAUUAAGAGAAAAUUAUAUUGGAUUAAAAAAUCAAUUUGAUCGACUGAAACAACGAGAAGCUAAUAAGAUGUCUCAAAAUAAUAGAAUAGAAUUAUUAGGACGAAGGCAUAAUGCAUCUACG